GGAAGAUGCCCACAGCACGCGUUGUGUCCACUCGGUGACUGCUCCUUGUACUCUCCUGGAACUCCGAAUCACGCAGUGAGAAAUCAUGGGCUUCGGGAAGUCCUUGUCACUCCUGGCUUUCAGCAUCUUGGUCCUGUGCCAGGCAAGCAGCCUCCAGGCCGCACCAUUCAGGUCCACACUGGAGAACCUUCCAGAACCUGUUGCCCUUAGUGAGAAAGAAGGGCGCCUCCUGCUGGCUGCACUGCUGGAGGCAUAUAUGCAAGGGAAAACCAGCGAUCUGGAAGAAGAGCAGGAGACAGAAGGCUCCAGUGUUACUGCCCAGAAGAGAUCCUGCAAUACUGCCACAUGUGUGACCCAUCGGCUGGCAGGCUUGCUGAGCAGAUCUGGGGGUGUGGUGAAAAGCGACUUUGUGCCCACUGAUGUUGGCUCUGAAGCCUUUGGCCGUCGCAGAAGGGAUAUUCAAGCCCGAGCAGCUUAAUGGCUCCAGAAGGAAGGUUACCAUGAAGCUGAAAUCACCACUUCUUUUCAUUUCUGUUGGCAAUGACUUGGUGAGAAGGCCCCAUGGAAGACGUACAUGUUUGCAUCCUAAUAAUAUUGAACCAAAUACCUUUGUCACUUGAAUGAAAUGAAAUUGAAUGCAAAAUAAGCUAAUUCCAUAUUUGUGUGCAUCCUUUUUAAUAUUUGUUUAUUUGUGCAAUAAAGGUGAUGGCAUCUCUCAUUAGCUUUUCUGGUAGUAAAUUUGUUUUUUUGAGAGUCUACUUUUGAUCGUGAGUGCUCUGACAUACCUUGAAGGUACAUGAAGUCACUGCCUCGUAUGGAUCUGAAAAUAUGUGUUAUUGAUGAUGCUAUGUCUUGUUAACUAAAAAAAAUAUUUGAUUAUUUGUUUAAGGCAAUGUCAAAAGAUUGUGCAUUUGUGAACUUCAUCAAGAUUAAAAAACAUAUUUUGGAUAUACUUGUUUCAAGAUCCUGCUUGUUCAUUUUAACUUUCUUUUCUAUAUAACAAUGAUAAUGUUAUUAUUACAUAUGUGUUAUAUAAUUAUAAUAUACAACUUAAUCAUUAUAUUAUAAAAUAAUAAAAUGUUAUGAAAAAUUACUCA